CGUAAUUUUUGUCAAAUUGAACAUCAUUACAGGGAAAAUUUGGAAAUUUUUGUAGAUGUGUUUUUUUUUACCAAGUGGCUUCCCUUUCAUUUUCUGUCUGCUCGCUUGCAAUGCUAUCAAUGUGUGGUGUCAUAAAUGGUGCUAAGAACCGCUUCACCUAUGCAUAAACUCAAUUUUGUUUCACCAGCGUCUUAAUUGGUUCCGCAAAAAGUGAUGGAGAUUCUGGAUGAAAUUUUUGUGUUGAAGUGCAUUAUGGCGAAACUUCUGUGUAAAGGAGCUUUCGGAGGAGCUUCCUCCCUUCAGUCGUUUAUGUUGAAGAAACUGUUGCUACCACUUGCUAAUAUACCAUUUACCAAACGCUGCUCUUCCAAUUGUAUUCGUAGCGAAGUUUCAAAUGGCGUUUUUCGAAUUGAAAUUAACAAUGAUAAGCGGAAAAACGCCCUGACCUGGAAGAUGUUUGAAGAGAUUGGGAACGCGUUCAAAGAGGCGAAUCAAAAUCCCAAUGUGAAGAUAACUACCUUCACAGGUGCCGGAGACUAUUUCACAAGUGGGCUUGACUUGGCAAAUUUUGCUGGCGUCCCGUCAAUGAGCGAAGAAGAGAGGGUAGCAUUUGCAGAUGAAAACCACCUUCUUAUUCGUUACUUGUUUGAUGCUGCUAUAGACCAUGAAAAGCCUCUGUUUGUUCUGGCCAAUGGUCCUGGAAUUGGUCUGGGAACAGUUAUUUUAGGUCUGUGUGACGUAGCUUAUGCAACACAAAGAGCUUUCUUCCUCACUCCUUUUGUUACAAUUGGCCUUAACCCAGCAGGAUGCUCCUCUCUAGUUUUUCCCCAAUUGCUAGGCAACUCAAGGGCAAAUCGAUUAAUGAUGUUGGGAGAGCGAAUUUCUGCACACGAAGCGAAAGAGUUUGGACUCCUAACUGAUGUAUUUGAAGACGAAAUGUUUGAAAAGAAAUGCGAAGAAAAGAUUGAUCACGUUUUAACGAAAUUGAACAUCGAAGGAAUGAUGAAAGUGAAGGCACUCAGUUUUGACGAAAAGAGGAAAUUACUGAAGGAAAGAAACAGAAUUGAAUGUGAAAUGUUCAGAGAUUCGUUUUUGUCUGAACAGUUUAAACAUAAAAUUGCAAAAAUGUUUAAAAAAUAG